CAGGAUGCAGACGGAUAAACUUGGGUGACUAUUUCUUUGGGACCAGGUUCCAGAUGUUCCAUCACUAUUCCUUUACUUUCAGCUGCUGCUUUUCUGCUCUCAGAUUUUAUCAUGGAAAUUCUCAAAGCGCUGAUCUUUCUCUGUCUUUCUGUGGAGGUUUGCAGGUCAGACUCUAAUCUGAGCAGUGAUUUAGUUUUGCUCCCCUAUGAUUUCCUUUUUGACGCGGCGGUGGAAGCCUACUAUAAGGGGGACUGGCUGGCAGUCAUCCUGAACAUGGAGAAAGCCAUCAGGAACAAAGAUGCGCUCCGGAACAUUAAGGCGCAGUGUCGGCUGCGCUGCGCAAACCAGUCCGCCUUCAGCCAGCCUUCAGUCGGCAUGAAGGUUCCCAUCCCCGGGGCAGGAUCUGUGGAAGAUUUAAGCUUUUUCCAGACCGUCCUGCAGCGCGCAGACUGUAUAAAUGUCUGUGAAUUGGAGAAGCUUGGUUCACCAACUCUGCACCAAGUCAGCGAGGAAGUGGAUCUGGAGUUUCGGAGGAGGAGCCCCUACAACUACCUCCAAGUGGCUUAUUUCAAGAUCAAUAAACUGGACAAGGCGGUGGCAGCUGCACACACCUUCUUCCAGGCCAACCCUGAUCAUAUAGAGAUGAAGCAGAACCUGGAGUACUACAGGAUGAUGGCCAGAGUACAAGAGGAGAACUUCAAAGAUCUGGAAAUGAAGCCACAUAUGGCUGAGUUUCUGAUGGGAAAAAGCUUCUAUAGUGACGACUCGUUCCAAUUGGCAGCCGAACACUUUGAGAGGGCCUUGGAUGAGUACUUUGUUGCCAACAAGGAGUGCAGGGUUUUGUGUGAGGGGGGGUACCGGUUUGAUGGAUACUCUUACAUGGAGUACAGCGCAGACCUGUUUCAAGCCAUGACAGAUCAUUACUUGCAGCUGCUGAACUGCAAGCAGCACUGCUCUGUGGAGCUGGCCACUGCAGCUGGCAGAGAGCGUCCUUUUGAGGACUUCCUGCCUUCUAUCUUCAACUAUCUGCAGUUCUCUUACUACAACAGUGAGAAGUAUGAGCAGGCCGUAGAAUGUGCAAAGACCUACCUGUUGUUCCACCCUAAGGACGACAUGAUGACCCAGAAUCUUAACUAUUAUUCUGCUGUUCUGGGCAAAGACCGGGCAGAAGCUAUAUCAGCCAGACAGGUGGUGAAACAUUACAUCCAGCAGUCCAUACUGGAAAAGGAGUUGCUGUACUUUGGAUACGAAGCUUUUGGUAUCACCUUUGUAGAUCCUGACGCUUGGACUCCAGAGGAUGUCAUGCCGAACAAGUUAAGAAACAAACACAAGGCGGACAGAGAGACGGCAGCGAGGAUCACAGAGGAGAUAGGAAACCUGAUGAAGGAGAUUGAGACGCUAGUUGAGGAGAAGAAAAAGGAUUCCUCAGAAAUGGCAAAAAUUGUUCUGCCCCAAGAAGGUGGGGCGGAGCUGUAUGACAAUAUUAAAGUGACCAUGAUAUCCAGCCAGCUGAAUGGAUCUCAGCGGGUGCUGUUGGAUGGGAUGAUCAGCGAUGACGAAUGCAGGGAGCUGCAACGCCUCUCCAACGCUGCGGCCCUAAAAGGCGAUGGUUACCGUGGGCAACCAUCCCCACACACGCCCAAUGAGAUGUUUCAGGGAGUCACUGUCCUGGCAGCUGUCAAGCUCGGACAGGAGGGAAAGGUCCCUCUGAAGAGCGCUCGUUUGUUCUUUGACCUCAGCGAGAAAGUGAGAAAAGUGUUGGAGUCGUACUUUCAACUGGACAAACCUCUCUACUUCUCCUAUUCACACCUUGUAUGUCGCUCUGCCAUUGAUGAAAAGCAGGUUGACCGGAAGGACCUAAGCCACCCAGUUCAUGUAGACAACUGUCUGCUGGUUUCGGAGCUCAAAGAGUGUAAAAAAGAACCUCCUGCUUACACUCACAGAGACUACAGUGCCAUACUGUAUCUAAAUGAUGACUUUGAAGGAGGAGAGUUUAUUUUUACUGAGCUGGAUGCAAAAACAGUUACGGCUGAGGUUCAGCCGCGCUGCGGUCGGGUUGUCGGCUUCGGAGCGGGAAAAGAAAACCCUCAUGGUGUCCGAGCCAUCACUAAAGGUCAGAGAUGUGCCAUGGCUCUUUGGUUCACCUUGGAUCCCACUCAUGAAGAAAAGGAGAGAAUCCAGGCCCAGCAGUUGCUCAACAUGUUUUCAUCUCCUAUAAAUGCUCAGUUCGUCCAUGAAGCAGCAAAGGAUGAGUCUCAGGUGACAACAGAUAAACGAGUAAAGACAGCGGACAUUGACGCGCAUGCUGGACAAUCGGCUGAUCGGCCAAAAGGCGUUACUGAGAAGAAAAUGACCACUGAAACAGCAAAAGAGGAAAUCAAAGAUGGAAAACAAAUCAAAGUUACUCCUUCUAAGGAGAACUCGACUCCGUCAUUAGAGGAGGAAAGAGAGAAAGACGAGCUGUGACGUUUGCAUGUGUGAAUGUUUUAAGGUUAUAACUAAAAUUUUUAGAUUUUAUAAAGUUCUUUUAUGUAAAUGGUUGAAUAAAUGGAGGUGGUUUGUUUCAAAA